AUGAUAAGUAACCUUCUCUACUCUACACUACCCUCCUCUACCCUACCCUCCUCCACUCUACACUACCCUCCUCUACCCUACCCUCCUCUACUCUACUUUCCUCUACUCUACCCUCCUCUACACUACCCUCCUCCACUCUACACUACCCUCCUCUACCCUACCCUCCUCUACUCUACUUUCCUCUACUCUACCCUACCCUACCCUCCACUACUCUACACUACCCUCCUCUACCCUACCCUCCUCCACUCUUCUCUACUCUACUCUACCCUCCUCUACUCUACCCUCUCCUCUACCCUCCUCUACUCUCCUACCCUCCUCUACCCUACCCUACCCUCCUCUCCUCUACUCUACUCUACCCUACCCUCCUCUCCUCUACCCUACCCUACCCUCCUCUCCUCUACCCUACCCUCCUCUACUCUACCCUACCCUCCUCUCCUCUACCCUACCCUCCUCUACUCUACCCUACCCUACUCUACCCUACCCUCCUCUACUCUACCCUACCCUCCUCUACUCUACCCUACCCUCCUCUACUCUACCCUACCCUCCUCUACUCUACCCUACCCUCCUCUACUCUACUCUACCCUCCUCUACUCUACCCUACCCUUCUCUACUCUACACUACCCUCCUCUACUCUACUUUCCUCUACUCUACUUUCCUCUACUCUACCCUACCCUACCCUCCUCUACUCUACACUACCCUCCUCUACCCUACCCUCCUCCACUCUACACUACCCUCCUCUACCCUACCCUCCUCUACUCUACUUUCCUCUACUCUACCCUCCUCUACACUACCCUCCUCCACUCUACACUACCCUCCUCUCUACCCUACCCUCCUCUACUCUACUUUCCUCUACUCUACCCUACCCUACCCUCCUCUACUCUACCCUACCCUCCUCUACUCUACCCUACCCUACCCUCCUCUACUCUACCCUACCCUCCUCUACUCUACCCUACCCUCCUCUACUCUACCCUACCCUCCUCUACUCUACCCUACUCUCCUCUACUCUACUCUACCCUCCUCUAUUCUACCCUACCCUCCUCUACUCUACCCUACCCUCCUCUACUCUACUCUACCCUCCUCUACUCUACCCUACCCUUCUCUACUCUACACUACCCUCCUCUACUCUACUUUCCUCUACUCUAUCCUACCCUACCCUCCUCUACUCUAAACUACCCUCCUCUACCCUACCCUCCUCCACUCUACACUACCCUCCUCUACCCUACCCUCCUCUACUCUACUUUCCUCUACUCUACCCUACCCUACCCUCCUCUACUCUACACUACCCUCCUCUACCCUACCCUCCUCCACUCUUCUCUACUCUACUCUACCCUCCUCUACUCUACCCUACCCUCCUCUACUCUUCCCUACCCUCCUCUACCCUACCCUACCCUCCUCUACUCUACCCUACCCUCCUCUACUCUACCCUACCCUCCUCUACUCUACCCUACCCUUCUCUACUCUACCCUACCCUUCUCUACUCUACUUUUCUCUACUCUACACUACCCUCCUCUACUCUACACUACCCUCCUCUACCCUACCCUCCUCUACUCUACACUACCCUCCUCUACCCUACCCUCCUCUACUCUACUUUCCUCUACUCUACCCUCCUCUACACUACCCUCCUCUACACUACCCUCCUCAACUCUACACUACCCUCCUCUACUCUACCCUCCUCUACUCUACUUUCCUCUACUCUACCCUACCCUACCCUCCUCUACUCUACACUACCCUCCUCUACCCUACCCUCCUCCACUCUUCUCUACUCUACUCUACCCUCCUCUACUCUACCCUACCCUCCUCUACUCUUCCCUACCCUCCUCUACCCUACCCUACCCUCCUCUACUCUACCCUACCCUUCUCUACUCUACCCUACCCUUCUCUACUCUACUUUUCUCUACUCUACACUACCCUCCUCUACUCUACACUACCCUCCUCCACUCUACACUACCCUCCUCUACCCUACCCUCCUCUACUCUACUUUCCUCUACUCUACCCUACCCUACCCUCCUCUACUCUACACUACCCUCCUCUACCCUACCCUCCUCCACUCUUCUCUACUCUACUCUACCCUCCUCUACUCUACCCUACCCUCCUCUACUCUUCCCUACCCUCCUCUACCCUACCCUACCCUCCUCUACUCUACCCUACCCUCCUCUACUCUACCCUACCCUCCUCUACUCUACCCUACCCUUCUCUACUCUACCCUACCCUUCUCUACUCUACCCUACCCUUCUCUACUCUACUUUUCUCUACUCUACACUACCCUCCUCUACCCUACCCUCCUCUACUCUACUUUCCUCUACUCUACCCUACCCUCCUCUACCCUACCCUUCUCUACUCUACCCUACCCUCCUCUACUCUACUUUCCUCUACUCUACCCUACCCUCCUCUACACUACCCUCCUCCACUCUACACUACCCUCCUCUACACUACCCUCCUCCACUCUACCCUACCCUUCUCUACUUUACUCUACCCUCCUCUACUCUACCCUACCCUUCUCUACUCUACACUACCCUCCUCUACUCUACUCUACCCUACCCUCCUCUACUCUACUUUCCUCUACUCUACCCUACCCUCCUCUACUCUACACUACCCUCCUCCACUCUACUCUACCCUCCUCUACUCUACUCUACUCUACCCUCCUCUACCCUACCCUACCCUCCUCUACUCUACCCUCCUCUACCCUACCCUACCCUCCUCUACUCUACCCUCCUCUACUCUACACUACCCUCCUCUACUCUACUCUACUCUACCCUUCUCUACUCUACCCGCCUCUACCCUCCACCCUCCUCUACUCUACACUACCCUCCUCUACUCUACUCUACUCUACCCUUCUCUACUCUACCCUACCCUUCUCUACUCUACUCUACCCUCCUCUACUCUACCCUUCUCUACUCUACACUACCCUCCUCUACUCUACUCUACUCUACUCUACACUACCCUCCUCUACUCUACCCUACCCUCCUCUUCCCUACCCUACCCUCCUCUCCUCUCCUCUCCGACCCUAACCUACCCUACCCUACUCUACCCAUCGGGGGAGAGCAGUGUAGAGCAGUAGCUGGAGGAAACAGGGCUAUAUAUCGAUAG